AUGGCCUCUGAAUUCCCCAGAAGACUUUACACCAAAGGGUUUGAGCCAGUCCCGGAUAAAAGCAUCGGCUAUUACGCUGAUGAUUAUAGGCUGGUCCCUGCACUAAAGUCAACUCUAGAGGAGGAUGAAUGGGAAGAGAUUUACGAGUCACCGUUGGGUGUCUUUUUAAAGUUCCACGAGUUUGAUUUUGGUUGGGCUUCUAGGCUGGUGCACCACAUGCUGACCUUUCAGAUAGUUUGCAAGCAGAGGUACGAGAUAUGGAGCCUCCUUGGUACCACUCCAAUUCGGUUUUCAUUGCAUGAGUUUGAGGAGAUCACCGGACUCAACUGCGGGUACGUGGAUGACUUGGCUUUAACUGAUCUUGCGCUUGAAGAUGACACGCGUGCAUUUUGGGAGCUAAUGGGGGUCGAUGCCGAGUCGGGCCCAAGCACUACCGAAAUUAUCGAAGCCUGUUCCAACUGCUCAUCAUGGUCUCGUGAUGAUAGGCUGCGGUUGGGUUAUCUUGGGAUCUACGCUGGUUUCAUAGUGGCAACGAGACCCGGCUCAUCCACAAAUGUCAACCAUGCCAGACUAGUGAUGGAUCUCGAAGGUUUUAAGGAGUUUCCAUGGGGAAGAAUUGCUUUUCAGCAUUUGAUUAAUUCUGUUAAGGAGAAAGAUCUCAGCAAAAACAUUCAUAUAGAAGGAUUUGUGCAAGCUCUUCAAGUGUGGGUGUACUAUGCUCUACCGGAUUUUGCUGCUGAAUUUGGCGAACCAUUGCCAAAUGUUACUGAAGAACCUCUUUUGCUGGCUUACAAAGGAUCCAGAGGACGAAAGAACGUCAAAGCCAACAUGCUAAAACAGGCUCGCAUACAGUGCUGCGUGGCUAAGGACUUGGCGGAUAUGUUUCCCGUGUGGGAUGAUGACGAACAGGAUCCAGAUAUUGUCAAGAUUGUCAAUGCACUCCAUGACCCCAAUUUCAAGUUCUCAAAAAACCAUUGGCCUUUGGAAGGUGUUUUGGGUGCACACAUCGUCAAUUCAGAAGCUGGAAAGAGGAGCCUUCCCUCAGAUGAAUCAAGUCGCAAGAGAUCCCGCACAGCCUCUGCAUCUGCCGCAUCAUUCGUUGGUGAUGAAGGGGUCGGAGUUGUCGCUACUAUGAAAGCGCACUUCGACCAAUGCUUCAAAAGCUUUUCAACCAAGAUGCUGAAUGGUCUUGGUAGCUGUGAAAAGCAGAUCAAACUUCUCACCGAGAAGGUUGAAAUUGUAGAGCGUGUGGUAGAAGAGUUGACUACGGGGUCGGCGAAGCACACUGAGGAAGAGCCAACCCAGCAGUAG